AUGCCGGACAACUCAUCUCAGUCCUCUAAAAGAAGAAAGAGCAUCGAAACGCCAGACGCUGGGGGUCAAGGUGGUGACUCCGGCUCGGAGGACGAAGAUGAUAUUGAAGCCCAAAUCAGAAAGGAAGUCGAAGGUCUGAAGCCUAGUUCGGCUAAACCUCGUCAGUUUCAGGCCAUCAGGCUAGACAUUCCGUGUGGUUCGUCGAUGCUUUUAGCGCUAUCCAAAGAUUAUGCAACUAGGACUAAAACUGAUCCAGUAUCGUUUAUACGAUUCGAUAAGUCGAUUGAUCCCGAGAAACUAGUCCAUCAGAUCUGCGUGGAUGCGCAUGCCAACCCAAGCAGGAAGAGAAGCAGAUACAUCCAACGGAUGACGCCUGUCAAAUCUAUCCGAAAGACCCUCAGCGUUGAUUUAGAGGCUUUUGCGGGUGAGAUUCUAAAACCUCACUUUCACUCCGGUGGGGGUCCCAAAAAGUUCGCUAUCCGGCCUGCGAUAAGGAGAAACCAAAAGUUCGACAGAGACAGUCUCAUCAAAACAGUAGCCAGUGUUGUGGGACCUGAGCAUUCUGUUGAUCUUGAGAAUUAUGAUCUUAUUAUCCUUGUUGAUAUUAUCCAGAACGUGAUCGGCAUGAGUGUUGCCGGAAGUGAUUACGAGAAGCUGAAAAGAUACAAUCUGGCCGAGCUCUACAAACCAGCACCAAGCGCGCAGGAAGUUGAGCCCAAACAGUCAACUGAUUGA